UGGAACGCUUCCAUGCAUUCCCCACAAUCUCCAACACCAUACCGCCACAAGACAGACUUGGACGCAGGUACAAGCAAACCGGAUAACACGGUACCUGAAUACUCUUAACUCCGAGUUGGUCUAGCCUGUGCGAUGUUACCCACGUUACGCGUUAGAUAACCGGCGCAAUGAGGAUCACAGCAUUUCUCUGGGCAACCGGAACCCAUAUCCCACGGCGCAUGAGUAGAAGCAGCGUCAGAGAAACUCUGGGGCUAUCCGAGAAACAAUGGCCAAUCUUCCUGCGUAUCUCACUCGCAGUCUGCAAAGACUUCACACGCGCCACAUUGACCGAGCUUUCUCCAAAGGAGAAGGAAUAUCUGACCCAAACGAUCAGGGAGUCUAUAAUGAAGGAAGGCCUUCCACCUGUAGACGAUGAAGGGAUCGAGUGGCGUGUAUCAAAGAUUCUGCCAGAGCUGCGCCACUAUCAGCGCUUCGCAGAUCAGUACGAAGCCUGGGAAAGGGCUGCUCAGAGACCUUUCCCUUUUAAAGUACUCCGCGAGGCGGUCGAUGCAAACAUGGAAAAGAUUCCCAAAAAGGGACUCCGCUACUGGACGGAUAUUCCCGAAGAAGUCCGAAUGAACCUCGCAGAAGACGUCAACAGGCGGCUUGAUGAAAGUGACCUACCUAUGAUGGACGAAGAAGCCGUGUUGUAUCGGUUAAGGAAACAUGUGAACCAUUGGAUAAGGGACCACUAUGUGUCGCAAUGACGCGCCUCACUUCAAUGUAAGCAAAAUAAAUCAAAUUCCACUAACUCUGGUCGCGUCAAGAGCUUCGCGAUUGCGACGUCUCUUGGGAUAGCUUUGGGGCAGAAGUAAAUUCCAUGUCUGGGGUGGUCUUAGCUAAUAGUGUGUAUUUAGAAUGGAGCCGCCAAAACAGAACG